AUCAUUUUCAGUUCGGUUUUAACAUUGACGGUGUUCGUGUGUAGAGUCGCGGUGAAAGAGUGUAUAAUAGCGAUUGGAGGUUUUUUUUAAACAACGUUAUCGUUUCUCAUUGUGACCGCAGAUAUUUAUUUUAGAAUCUGUUUGAUGUUAGUUUGCCGUAGCGUGCGGUAUCACUUAAAAUUGUGCACACUUAUCUGUGCCGUUCUUUUCGAGAAUCUCUUUGAUCGACUCAACUUACAGACAAUUUAAAACGUUACACUGAAGUAAGUUAUUCGUUCCGAAACAAACAAAAUAAUUUCCAGAAAAAUCGAUUUGAUUUAGUUCAUUGAAGAAAAAAAAAAGUAUUUAAGUCAAUGGUGUACUGUACAUGCUACACUACACACGGUGCACGGUUUAUAAUCUUCAUUAAAUAUACAUUGAGUGAAAGCAAAAGUGUGUUUCCCAUCUCUCAGCGCGACGAUUUUUAUUGAUGUUUUAUGAAUAUAUGUUUGUACGGCAGUUGUGAUAAAAGACAGUGACUUUGCAAUAUUUUAAUACCAAAUAUUUGAUUGUCUUUUAAUAAUUUGUAGUCGGCUUCAGUUGUUGCGUGGACUUUACCGAAUACGUACAUAAUACAAGACGAUCGGAAGAAAUCACGUUUCAAACUUUAGAAUUGUGUGCAGAUUUCCAGUACGUCAACGCAUCAACACACAACUGACAUUUGUCAUCCAACGUAAUUUGUUCACGUAUACUUAUGUCAACGUUGUGAAAACAUAACCUAAAAUGGCGGAGCAUCAUCCAAUGGAUGAUUUUUGCGGGAGCGAAUUUUGGAACGUAAACACGACUUGGCGCACGGACAAUCCUGACUUUACAGUAUGCUUUCAACGAACUGUAUUGGUCUGGACACCAUGUGCCGUCCUAUGGGUGUUUUCGCUGCUGGACAUAUUUUACAUAAGAAAAGCGAUGAAUCGCAAUGUACCGUGGAAUGCGCUCAAUGUCAGCAAAUUGAUCGGAACUGGGGCCUUGAUCUUGUUAACCAUAGUCGAUUUGUGUAUGGCUGCGAGCCGUAACAGUGAAGGAAUCAUUUUUCCCGUAGAUAUUUACACGCCGAUCAUUAAGAUCGUGUCAUUUCUCUAUGCUGGCGUACUGCUCGUCUGCAACAAAAAGAAUGGUCUACGGACUUCGGGGCUGCUGUUUUUGUUUUGGUUUUCACUUUUCAUCUGCAGCAUACCACAAUGUCGUAGUGAGGUUCGACUACGUGCUGCAAGAGAAGCCGAAGGAGAAAAGAAUUCCUGGGCAGAGUACAAUUACAUUAGUUUUAUGAUAUUCUUUACGCUGACGACUCUGGUCUGGUUACUCAACUGGUUCGCCGACAGUGAGCCUCUGCAGACCAAAUAUCCAAGGACCCAGAAUCCCUGUCCAGAGACUCAGUCGAGUUUCAUUUCGAAAAUGUUCUUCGCAUGGUUCGACAAAAUGGCUUGGAAAGGCUAUCGGAAUCCGUUGGAACACAAAGAUCUGUGGGAUAUGAAUCCGGAAGAUACAUCAAAGGAAGUUAUGCCGCUGUUCGCCAAAUAUUGGAAUCAAUCCGUUCAGAAAGCAGCUGGUGUCAAGAGCAAUGAAACACUUAGUGGUGGCAAAGCGGAAUACACGAAAGCUUCGUCCACGGUGAAUAUAACGCGAACGAAAGGCGAGAAGAAGGCAUCGAUUUUACCAGCAAUUUGCAAGGCAUUUGGUCCGACAUUCUUGUUCGGUUCAGUUCUGAAACUGGUUCAAGACGUUUUAACGUUCGUAUCGCCACAAAUUCUCCGUUUAAUCAUUCAAUUCGUGGAUCCUCGCCCGGGCGAAGAACAACAAGAGUUCUGGAAGGGCCUGCUCUAUGCGUUCCUAUUGUUUAUUGUUGCAAGUGUCCAGACACUUAUAUUGGCUCAAUACUUCCAGCGGAUGUUUGUUGUUGGUCUGCGCAUUCGUACAGCGUUGAUAAGUGCGGUGUACCGGAAAGCUUUGAUUAUGUCGAACAGUUCACGCAAAGAAUCGACUGUCGGAGAGAUCGUUAAUCUAAUGGCAGUGGAUGCGCAACGCUUUAUGGACUUGACGACCUACAUUAACAUGCUUUGGUCGGCACCUUUACAAAUUGGCUUGGCUCUGUAUUUCCUGUGGGCCAUUCUGGGUGCAUCGGUUCUAGCAGGUUUGGCUGUGAUGAUUAUAUUAAUUCCUGUGAAUGGCUUCAUUGCCAACAAGAUAAAGACUUUGCAAAUUCGUCAAAUGAAAAACAAGGACGAACGUGUCAAAUUGAUGAACGAGGUGCUGAGUGGUAUCAAGGUGCUGAAACUAUACGCUUGGGAGCCAAGUUUCGAAAAUCAAGUGCUGAAAAUUCGUGACAAAGAAAUUAAAGUGCUGCGCGAGGCUGCCUAUUUGAAUGCGGGAACUUCUUUCAUUUGGUCUUGUGCACCGUUCUUGGUGGCAUUGGUCACGUUUGCCGUUUUUGUUUUAGUCGAUGAAAAGAAUGUCUUGGAUGCGGAAAUUGCCUUCGUCUCACUAUCGCUUUUCAACAUUCUCCGGUUUCCUUUGAGUAUGUUGCCUAUGCUAAUUACGAACAUGGUUCAGACAAGCGUAUCAGUUAAACGCUUAAACAAAUUUAUGAACUGCGAGGAGCUCGACCCAGAAAAUGUUCAACACGAUCCGAAAGAAUCGUCAUCUCUGGUCGUGGAAAAUGGUACCUUCUCGUGGGGUGAAGAGGAAACCGUUUUGAAGAACAUCAAUUUCAAAGUUGACAAAGGCAAUUUGGCAGCUGUUGUCGGAACGGUUGGUUCCGGAAAAAGUUCAUUGCUGUCAGCACUGCUCGGUGAAAUGGAAAAGAUAUCUGGUCGUGUCAACACUGUUGGAAAGAUAGCCUAUGUAUCACAACAAGCCUGGAUCCAAAAUUGCACACUCCAAGAUAACAUUCUGUUCGGAAAACCGUUAGACCAGAAACGAUACCAACAAGUCGUCGCAGCCUGCGCAUUGAAGCCUGAUAUUGAUAUGUUGCCAGGCGGUGAUCAGACUGAAAUCGGUGAGAAAGGAAUUAAUUUGUCGGGUGGUCAAAAGCAACGUGUUAGCUUAGCCAGAGCUGUUUACAAUGACGCCGACAUUUAUCUCAUGGAUGAUCCACUGAGUGCCGUUGAUUCACAUGUGGGUAAACAUAUAUUCGAAGAAGUGAUUGGACCCGGUGGACUGCUGGACAAGAAAACUCGAGUGCUCGUCACACACGGUAUUGUUUACCUACCGAAGGUGGACAACAUUUUCGUGUUGAAAAGUGGUGAAGUAUCCGAAUCGGGUAAUUACGAAGCUCUGAUGAACAAGAAGGGAGCAUUUGCCGAAUUCCUUCUGCAACAUUUACAAGAGAUAACCCCGGAUCACGAAGAAAUGGAAACGCUGAAAGAGCAACUUGAGAAUACUCUUGGCGCUGACGACGAACUGAUGAAACAAUUGGAACAUCAAAUCAGUCGUCGAAGUGAAAGUGUAUCCGAGACUGAUUCAAUGAAUGGAUCACUAUCGCGACAGGUGUCCCAGUCAUCUGAAACCAGUCUCCGUAAACGAUCUGUGUCCAAGGAAAAAGAUGAACCGAAACCAAAACCGAAGGAUACGCUAAUCGAAAAAGAACAUUCGGAGGUGGGCUCGGUUAAGUGGGCCGUGUACAAGCACUAUUUGAAGAGUAUCGGAGUCACGUUGACAAUUCUGACAAUUUUGCUGAAUUUGGUCUUCCAAGGAUUUUCAAUCGGUUCCAAUGUUUGGCUGUCGCGAUGGAGUAAUGAUAAAAAUGUUGCCAACGAUACGUCUUUGCGUGAUAUGUAUCUGGGAGUGUACGGAGCGUUCGGAUUCGGUCAAGCGUUGUCGUCAUAUAUGAACGAUUUGGCACCGCAGUUAGGGUGUCUAUUAGCUGCGAUUCAUUUUCAUAAAGUGCUUUUACACGGUGUUGUACGAGCUCCGCUCACAUUUUUCGAUACUACACCCACCGGCCGAAUUCUGUCACGAUUCUCGAAAGACGUCGACGUUCUUGAUACUGGACUUUCGAGGCAGAUUUCAGACACUGUCUUUGGCAUAUUCGAGGUGAUUGCAACAUUGGUCGUAAUUAGUAUCUCUACGUACAUCUUCGUCGCAGUGAUUAUUCCAAUCGGAAUAUUGUACUACUUCGUCCAACGAUUCUAUGUGGCAACAUCGCGUCAAUUGAAACGGUUGGAAUCCGUUUCAAGAUCACCAAUCUAUUCGCAUUUCGGCGAAAGUAUCCAGGGAGCUCAAACAAUUCGUGCAUAUACCGUACAGGAUAGGUUCAUUAACGAAUCGGAGGACAAAGUUGAUUUCAAUCAGGUGUGCUACUAUCCUAGCAUCAUCGCCAAUCGAUGGCUCGCUGUUCGCUUGGAAAUGGUCGGUAAUCUGAUUAUAUUGUUUGCCGCUUUAUUUGCCAUUCUCAGCCGAGAAACAAUGGAUGCUGGUACGGUUGGAUUGUCGGUCUCGUAUGCCCUUCAAAUUACACAAACCCUAAACUGGUUGGUGCGCAUGACAUCUGAAGUGGAAACGAAUAUCGUUGCUGUCGAACGCAUCAAGGAAUAUGGUGAAACGAAACAAGAAGCUGCCUGGGAUAUACCUUCACAGACAUUGCCCAAAAAUUGGCCGGAGAGCGGUACGGUGGAAUUUAAGAACUUCCAAGUCAGAUACCGUGAAGGUUUGGAAUUGGUGCUGAAAGGAAUAUCAUUCACUGUGGCCGGUGGACAGAAAGUCGGUAUCGUCGGUCGUACUGGUGCCGGCAAAUCCAGUUUAACCUUAGCGUUAUUCCGAAUCAUCGAAUCAUCCGGUGGAUCGAUUCUCAUCGACGGACACGACAUUUCAAAGCUGGGAUUGCAUGCUCUGCGUUCGAGAUUGACCAUUAUUCCUCAGGACCCAGUACUGUUUUCGGGCACACUUCGUUUGAAUUUAGAUCCAUUCGAACACAACAGCGACGAGGAGGUGUGGACGGCAUUGGAGCAUGCACAUUUGAAAGUGUUUGUGAAAGGUCUCACUGCCGGUUUGAAUCACGAGAUCACUGAAGGCGGUGAAAAUCUUUCGGUCGGUCAGAGACAACUUGUCUGCUUAGCUCGGGCACUUUUACGAAAAACGAAAGUACUAAUUUUAGAUGAGGCCACAGCUGCCGUCGAUCUGGAAACGGAUGACCUAAUUCAAAAUACCAUUCGCACGGAAUUCAGCGAAUGUACCGUUCUGACCAUCGCCCAUCGAUUGAAUACGAUUAUGGAUUCGGAUAAGGUUAUCGUUUUGGACAGAGGUCAAAUAGCCGAAUUCGCUGCGCCAAGCGAAUUGUUGCAAAACAAAAAAUCCGCCUUCUACAGUAUGGCCAAAGAUGCUGGACUGGUGUAAUAUUACUUAAAAUAAUCGUAAUAAGAGGGUAUAUGUUCAAGCGUUUGUGAUUUGUUUUAUUCGUUUUUUGUAUAUUCAGUAUUUCCUUUCAAGUCCAAUUUUUAAUUUAAAAUAAUUUUACACACCGUUUUGUUACUCAGGACCGGAUUAGGAAACCAUUCGAAUUGAAAGGCUCAGCUUAAUUAAGAAAAUUACUUAAAUUCGACUAUUACAAGGACUCUGCUACUUAAAUCGUUACCAAUUUACUAAGUUCUCAUUUUGUAGACAGAAAAUGUGAGAAAAACAAUGAAACUGCCAAUUUCGUCACUGCGACAAAAUAGUCGGAG